UACUACCUAUCUUUUAUUGUUAUUAUAUCAAUGUCAAACAAAACAAAGAUAUAUAGAUAUGCUAUGGCACCAAUGGUCGAUGUAACAGACUAUGCCUUUAGACAGAUCGUUUCACUUAAAUCAAACAGUUCAUUCAUGACAUGGACAGAGUUUGUUUCAGUGGAUGGUCUGAUUGCCAACCCAAACAAAUUCAAAAGACAAAUGGCCUAUCAUUCAAUACAACGACCAAUAGUUUGUCAGCUAUUUGGUCAUGAUGCAAAGAAGUUUAAAGAGGCUGCAAGAAUCGUCCGAGAUCAAGGCUUUGAUGCCAUCGAUAUCAAUAUGGGUUGUCCUGUUAGAAAGGUAGUGGAAAGACAGUCUGCAGGCUCCGCUCUCAUUUUGGACCCAAUGGCUGCUGGUGAUAUUAUAAAGGCUACAAAGGACGGCGUGGACAAUGCAUUGCCUGUGUUUGUAAAGACGAGAAUUGGUUUCGAUCACAUUGACAUUGAUCGUUGGAUACCUAUUCUGCUACAGACAGAGCCACAACUCCUUACACUACAUUUGAGGACAAAGAAGGAGUUGUCCAAUUGUCCGGCACAUUGGGAAGAUGAUGUCGUUGGAAGGACUCUGCGGCAACGUGGUGAUUCUACAACAACGAGAAUAUUUGGCAAUGGAGAUCUGGAAUCAAUGGAACAGUGUCGUGAUAAGUUGAAUACAUAUAAUCAGCUGGAUGGUAUCAUGGUUGGAAGAGGAACAUAUGGUAAUCCUUGGUUCUUUAGUGAUGUGAACGGCAAUCAAUCAUCACUAAAGGAUAAACUCACUGCAAUGGUGGAACAUGCAAUUCUAAUCGAGCAACAGAAUGCACUAUAUAGUGGUCAAUCUAUAAAGAGUAUUGGUGUACACAUCAGGAACUAUUGCCAACCAUUGUCACAGUAUGGUGAUGUGGCUGCAUUGCGCACCCACCUAAUACAGGCCACUACUUCAAAGGAUAUAGCAAACAUCUUGAAUCAAUACCUCAUUUCAAAGAGACUACCAGACCACCUGUUGGACGAUCACCAAACUAUAAAGGAUUCAUUGUACGAGCAAGUCGAUAAGCUCGAUAUAUCUUUU